GCGCAGCGGGUCGGCAGCAGUGGCGGGAGCAGGAGAGUGUGGUCUCUGCGGACUGGCAACAUGUGAUGUUGGGACUGGGCGGGCUGUGGGCGGGUGCUGAGGUUCCCCAAACACAAACAUGCUGCCAGCGAGACAAAGCGGAAGCACGAGCGACGAGCGGCGCUGCUGUCACGCCAGCACACGACUGAAGUGAGUGAGACGUUUCUUCAGCAAAUCUCAACUCUCUCUGCUGCAUCUUCAAGUCUUAUCAUCUUUACGCCUGCACCAGACAUCGUUUUCGUCCGUCUACAUCAUAAGGCUCGGUUCUGAGUGGUCCAGAUGGCUGUGGCGCUGCCAGCAGGACGUUAACGGCGAGUUCUACAUGAGCUGACAGCACACUCACACACUGACUUGAGUGUUUAUGGUGUCGGGCAGCAUGAUGGACUGGGGGAGGAUUUAAGUUUUCACCCUGGCGGCACCAGCGUGUGGCUCAGACGGGUCAGGCCUGCUGCCAGAACAAAACAAAGUAUGCACUGUUUGUUUUAAAGAUGAAGGAUGCGAAAAUGAGUUUGCUGUGACAGGAGGUGGACCAGUGGUGCUGGUGGCAUCAUGUCAGCUCUUCUGACCCCAUCGUGGAGGUCCUUCGUGGUUCUGCUCGGAUGUCUCCAGCAGGUCUUGUCCAGCCGGGUCGGUAUCUGCCAGUCGGGACAAAACUCCACCCACGCAGGCGGCUGCCUGUGUGCUUCCGAUAUCCUGAGCUGCACCGGGCUGGGCCUGGACCAUGUCCCAGUAGACAUGCCCAGUUCCGCAGUCACUUUGGACCUCAGCCAUAACCAUUUGCUUCAGCUGAAGGGGGGCAGCUUUGAGGGACUGUUUCGUCUGCAGACUUUACGCUUGGCGCACAACCAGCUGACAACCAUCCAACCGGGCGCCUUUGGGAACUCCUCUGGAGGCCUGCUGCGCCACCUGGACCUGUCAUCCAAUAAACUGAGGGUUCUGGAGCAACACUACUUCCAGGACAUUCCUGGACUGGAGGAGCUGCUGCUCUUCAACAACCAUAUGGUUCAGGUGGAGAGUGGCGCCCUGGCAGGACUGGGCAGCCUCCGUAAAGUCUACCUCAGCCACAACCAACUCAUCGACUUCCCUUUCUUCUCUGUCCGAGACCGCAGCCACCCUCAGCUGGCUAUGCUGGAUCUGUCCUCAAACCACCUGCGCAAGCUCCCCCUGGAGUACUUAUCAAGCCUCCCCAGCAGACUCCAGCAGGGAUUCUACCUUCACAAUAACCUGCUGGUGUGUGACUGCGCCACGUUCCGAAUGUUCCGCCUCUGGGAGGAGAGAGGCUUUGCGUCAGUGACAGACUUCCGGCAGGAUCACACCUGCCGGGUGUACGGGAUGCAACAAGGCACCGUGCGCUUCUUCCAGCACGGUGGCUUCUUCCACCAGUGCAACUUGACCACUGUGACGGCCCUAUUCAGGGAGCAGAAGAGCAGUGUUGCUGUGAACACAGGGGGCACGGUGCUGCUCCACUGCGCCACCACCCUGAUGGGAAAACACAUCACAUUCUUCUGGGUUACCCCCAAUCAGGAGUAUGUGGCUCCGCCUGGCAACAACGGGUCUUUGAAAAUGUUUGCCAACGGGAGUCUGGAAAUCACAGUGGCCCGAGCAGAGGACUCUGGGAUCUACUGGUGCAUGGCUCUGGACCAGACGCAUCAGCGCAACCAGACACAGGAAGUCAAUGUGACAGUCGCGGCGCACGACGCCAGCGAGACUCACGACUCUUUCAACACUGGAUUCACCACCCUGCUGGGCUGCGUGGUUAGCCUGCUUCUGGUGCUCAUGUACCUCUACCUGACACCCUGCAGAUGCCCCCCCUGCAACAAGGCGGCACCCCCCGCCCCCUCCAGCGUAGCCAACGAGGCCGGGCCAGAGAGCGGCCAGUCCUCCAUCCUCAGCCCCACCCCGCCCGCCACCACGGAGGGCCCGGGCCGCAAGGUGAGUACCAACAAACACGUGGUCUUUCUGGAGCCAAUCAGAGAGCAGCAAAAUGGCAGGCUCAGGGUGGGGGCGGGGCAAGGACACGUGGGGCCAGGUUUACUUCUCGAACCAGAGCAGCAGGCAAAGCAAGACGUGUUCCUGGACACGCCUCUCAUGCUGCCAUAGCAACAGGACGCAAACAGAACUCUUUCCACAUCGCCACCCCCCACCAUCACCACCCCCGUGUCACCUGAACACAAGCAGCACCUUUGCUUUGCCUUCUUUCUGUUUGUCCGGCCAAGAACCAUCACACUGUGACCGAUGCAACACCAAAGAUGGCCACACUAACAAGUCGGGGUGGGGGGCUUCUGGUCCCAAAUGAAACCUUUAAACCUUUACAGCCUGCGUCAUGUACCUUUAAGAAACUUUGUUGCAGAUACUUUCCUGUCGCACAGACACUGUGUCACACAUCCAAUGUUGUCCAGUGGAGGAGCUUUUUGUAAAAACAGAAGCUCGGCUUUGAUCGCCAAGUGCAACUUUCACCAAGGAGCACAAGAGGGACAUAAAUAAAUGAAGACUUGUUGUCUGUUUGGAUGCUUUCACUGUACUCACUGCAUCUUCCCUGCACUACCUCCACUUCCUGUCUGUCUGUGUGUCCUAAUAAAGUGCUAUG